AAUCUAACUACGUAUUCAUUCGGUUAUCAUCGUGUGGAUUCGGAUAUGUAGACGGGGGUUGAGCCCAACGCACUGUUCCCUAGGUUGCGUGUUAGUAGUCGAAUGAACUCGCCAGUGUACGAAGUAGGCUGCAGUUCAUUCCUAGUGUUCACCUGAGAGCGAAAUUACUGCGAAAGAGCAGGCUACCUGUGAACCAGCGAACCAGCUGUUUAGCCGUACUUGAGAAAUGCGGUGGUAUUAGAAGCGGAAAAAUCUCGAUAACCUGAUUAAAAACGGAAACUUAAAUUUCCAUGGUGCUGAAUGAGCGUUGUUUACAAACUUAGUAAAGACGGGUAAAAAAGGAGACAUGGCAACGGGUGGAUUUAAACCAAAUGCACAGACAGACUUUCUGGAGGAAUGGAAGGCUAAACGGGAGAAGAUGAGGGCAAAAAUGCUUGGGGACAUUGCCGCAGCUACUGGUGCCGUCGGCCCUACCACUGGGUCUCUAGGAAGCCAGAGCAAAAAAAGUGAGAUGCGCAAUGCUACCUCUAGCACCGAACUUAACAACAACGGCAACCCGGAACGCGGAGGCUCCACUUCAGUUAACUGCGGGACAUCAUACCCCAUGGCUCGCUCAUCCUCAACCUCAGCCUUGAAGAGACCCGACGAUGACCCACAUCCGACACCUACCAUUAGAGGAUCAGAAACACCAGGGAGUAACCUGAAGAAGUCUCAGAUGCCGGAGAAGGUUCCCGGCAUCACACAGGAGUCCAGUCCCACUGCAUGCAAUGAACAUGGUAAUGGCAGUGAUAAAGAGACCCCCGCAUCCAAAGGCAAAGAGAAGAAGAGCAGCGGUCCAAGCGCCAGGAAGGGUAAAGGACAGAUUGAGAAGAGAAAGCUUAGGGAGAAGCGUCGGUCAACAGGUGUUGUCAGCAUGCCAUCCAACGAGAGUCUGGACGAGCUGGAUGACGACGACGGCGGGGAGAAGGAGGGCCAGAAGGAGGAGACCCAACUUAACACCGAACAAAACGAAGCCAUGACCUCUGACCCAGGGAUUGCUACCCACUUACUACAAGACACCCCACGGUCUGGCCGCUACCAGAGCUCUGCGGGUUCUGAGGAGGAAGCAUGGGGAAACAGUCGACUCCGCCACAACCGCCAUGGCAACGUGGCUGUUCCCGGACUACUGGAGAGGAGGAUAGAGGAACUGGAAAAGGAGCUGGCCAGGGAGAGGCAGGAGAACGGCCAGUUGCUGAAAGCCCACCAGGACAAAGACGAGCUCAUUGGGAAACUGAAGGAGGAGAUUGACUUGCUGAACAGAGACCUUGAUGACAUUGAGGAUGAGAAUGAGCAGCUGAAGCAGGAAAACAAGACUCUUCUGAAGGUGGUGGGUCAGCUGACAAGGUAGAACCCAACAGGCUGUGGAACCCCAUUCCCAAAAAGAACAAACCAUCCCCCUUCAAAGGAGUGUCCCCAAGACCUUUGUCCCUGUGCUAUCACUGCCCCUCUACUUACACCCUAUGGGCAAAUCAAGAAGCAGUAUGUCCUUAAUCCUUUGUCAUUUAUCUGUGUCAAUGUUGUUUCUGGUAUCGUUGCUUUGUGGAGAUACUUUAAAAGAUUAAAAUAAGUUUAGAGUCUUCAUCAUAAACACCUUCCCUCCGGUUGCUUUAUUCAGUUCUUACGGGAAACUAAGGCAUCCAAGAGCUCUAGUUCUGUUUAGAUCCCAUGCUGUUUCAUAUGAUGUUCUUUGAUGGUAUAUUUAAUGUAAAUGUAUUGUACAUAGGCUAUGUAGAUUGUUUUUCUUUUUGAUAAACCUUAAAAAAGGAAAAGGAAAUUGAAUGUACAAUAUGUGGUGUAUCACAGAGUACAUGAGAGAUUUGUGUUUGUUUUAUGAACUACAAAAAGAUCUGACAUUUUGACGUAUGAUACUGUCCAGGUAAUGUCCCACCAGCUCUCUGUGCUUCUGUUCGUCCUCAUCAUUACAAUGUAAAUGUAAUAUCAGCCCAGAUGCCAUAUUACCCUUCUUCUCGGCACUAGAACAUUCUCUCCACCUGCAUAUCAAAAAACUGGCAUUGCGAUGGAUCCUGUGUCAUUUAGACCAAAUUCAAGACGGAAAAUCACUGCUACCAUCAGCCAAAGUGGGCAUAAUGCCUUGUAUAUUACGCAAGUCUUUCUGGAAAUCCAUUAGUUUCAUUUCCCCAAGGGGAUAAAAAAAAAAAAGCCUGGUGCUUUUUCCAUUCAUCUUGUUGGUUUUAAUAUUUUGUUCUGAUUUUUACUUGGUACAUUUUAAUCCAGGUAGUAUACUAUAAACCUGAAGUAAUUCAAAAUAUAUAUUGCCAUUAUAAAUCAUAAAAAGCGAGCAAGUUGUUUUCAUCAAUUCUAUGCUUUCUAGCCAUUCAGUGUCAUUAGGUUUGCAAUAUGGAUAGAUGUAGCUGCUCUUGUAUAUGGUGAGCAAGACUUAUAGGGUAAGCUACUGCAGUGCAUUUUGUUGUAUGGUAACCAAAUCAACUGAACUGAAGGAAUAUACUUUUUCAAAUGCAUCUCUUUGCCACCAAUGGGUGGCUCUGAGAAUUGGCCUACAUAUUUUGAGCUGAAACAAAUGUGUGGCUCUUGCUUCGUGCACUUUGUAUAGCCCACUGGCUGGCAAAUAAUAUAUAUAUAUAUAUAUAUAUAUAUAUAUAUAUAUAUAUAUAUAUAUCGAUAUAGAACCCAUUCAGACAGACAGACACAUCUCUUUCCCCACCCUCUACAUUAUGCAUGUACAGAAGAUGAAGUCAUUUAAUAAAAGUUUGAUUAUCUCCCUCCUCA